AUGAAGUGGGGCACACUAAUUCGUGCCACCAAGGCGGAGAUGCUAACUCUUGUAAAUGCGUACCACAUUACUGCCCCCCAUGGAGCCACUAAAACUUAUCUCCAUAACCUUAUACUUGACCACUUAUUAGACAAUGAUAAUAUUACAUCCGAAUCUCAUGAAGAGCGCCUUAGCAGCCAUGAAAUUGAAGAUAGAGCUUUCCACUCUAGAACGCGAACGUCAGAAGAAAACUCUCAAGAUACAGAAGGAACAACUUGCUCUACAAAAAAAAAACAAGCUGAACUGCAACGUGAACGUGAGAAGGAACAACUAGAGUUCCAACGUGAACGUGAGAGGGAACAGCUUGAACUCCAACGUGAGCGUGAACAGGAAGCCCUUAAAGUAAGAGAAAGAGAACGUAAACUCCAACGUGAACAUGCUGAAAAACAAGCCGCCAUUGCUCUACAAAACCGUAGAAAAGAGCUUGACUUGGAAACUACACACCACACUCAGCGCAAGGAAGCGGAAGCUAACCUCCAGGCUGAGACACAACCUAACUCUAUCCCUGGGUUCUUUGUGGUGAAUAAAGUGCUCUACCGCUAUUAUAUACCCGGCAAAGUGAAGGAGGACAACAAUCGGGAUAAUGUCAAACAACUAGUAGUUCCCACUAGCCUACGGUCAGAUAUCUUGCAUCUGGUUCACAGAUCUCUCUCACACUGCAGUUUCUACAAGACCUACAAGACCCUGAAACAAGAUUACUACUGGCCAGGAAUGAUUCGUGAUAUGAAAUACUUAGUGAAAAAUUGCAAAAAGUCUCAGAUGACAGAACGAAGUGUGCACCCUCGUGUGGGGCCCGAUGGGCGGCCUCCGCCCGCUAUUCCGGUAUCUCCUGCUUCCUCGGCGGCGAUGUCCCGGCCUUCCGUGUUGGGUCGGUGGCGCCCGCUUCCGCCGGAUGUGGUAAUCCCCGAACACAUGGAGUACCCGCGAGUUCGUGAGGGCCGUGCCCCUACGGAACUGGAGUAUUUGGUAUGGGAAGCUUAUUAG